GCACCUCUUCGUCCUGGCUCUGUGGAUACGCACCUGCAGCCUCCUCCUCCUCCUCCUCCCCCUGUCCUCCACCCGGCGUUAGUGCGCAAACCGGCCGGCAUGCAUUUGGAGAGAAACUGCCCCACCACGCCGGCGCUGGACUCAGCUGGAGAACACAGCCGCCUGCAAACUGAUGCUCCAUCUGCGGGGAUCUAGCGGCAGAGACCGGGUGGAUAUCGGAGCUGCAUCAUGGGCGUUGGAGAGAGGCAGAGCCAAAAUGAAAGCGGUGUAAUUCCACAGACAUAGGAAGGGCGGGUUGGGGUGGAGGGAGAACCCGAGUGGCCGUUGGAUCAGAGUUGUCCCCGUGCGUAAUUUGGGGUUUGGUUGGGGGGGGUUUGUUCACGGAAUUUCCACAGACACUGUACUUUUUUCCUCCUCCUGUCAAUCUCCACUGGAGUUUAAAAAGGAUGGAGAAAGGCGCACAGCAGCAGCCACAGCUGUCCAAGAGCGCAGAGAGCGCGGCGGAGGACGUCUCCAAAAUACACGACGAGGAGCUGCUGAAGUGGAGCAAGGACGAGCUGGUGCGGCGGCUGCGGAGGGCAGAGGCGGAGAAGAGGGGCGUCAUCGUGGAGCACGGCAAUCUGAUGCGGGAGGUGAACCGGAGGCUCCAGCAGCAUCUGAACGAGAUACGGAGUUUGAAGGACGUGAACCAGAAACUGCAGGAGGACAACCAGGAGCUGCGGGACCUGUGCUGCUUCCUGGAUGACGACCGGCAGAAGGGGAAGCGGGUAUUGCGUGAGUGGCAGCGUCUGGGCCGCUACAGCGCCGGACUGAUGAAGAAGGAGGUGGCUAUUUACCUGCAGAAGCUGAAGGAGCUGGAGCAGCGGCAGGUGGAGAUCAUUCGGGAGAACCAGGAGUUCAAAGAGGUGUGCCUCAUGCUGGAGGAGGAGAGGGCUGCGGCUGUGGCUGAGGCAGGAGGUGGUGGUGCAGGUGGGCAGGUUGGCGCCGGCUGCAGGAGUUCUAUCGACAGUCAGAGCAGCUUGUCUCAGCUGGGUGGAGGUGUCCCAGCGGCUGGCCUCUUGCGAGACGUUGGUGAUGGGAGCAGCACCUCAAGUGCGGGAAGCACAAAUAGCCCAGACAACCCCCACCACAAAUCCCCUACUCCGGGCUCUACUGCCAGCCCCGGAUCUGGGCCAAGAUGUGUUUCCUCAGAGCAACCCAACAAACCAGGAGGUGUGUGUGAAUCAACAGGCAGGAGGAACAGCUCCACUUCAGAGUACCACACCUUCCCCCAGUCCUGCCGACCACGUGGAGGGUCCCUCACUAACCUGGACCCUAACAGGCUUUGGGGACAUAGCCCGGAGAAACACAUCAAGUCUCCCACAAGGGUACCAGUUGACUCCCACCUCAAAACCUACAGCUCUGACCUAUAUGCCCAGAAACAACUGCUACUGUCAGGGCAGGCAUCAGCAGGCUGUGAGAAAGGUUCAGCCAAGUCCAGCCCAGAGCUGAGUCAGAGACAUCGGCAGGUUAACAUAGGGGGGGCAAGCCGUGGGAGUCCUGAGGCCAAGCAGCCAGCAAUGGGGACGCCUGAGCACCUGCGGAAAGGGCGGGUGGUUGUGGGGAGUCCCGAGUCUACACGGCACCACUACCACUGUCAGCACAGCCCCGGGGUGGAGCACAGCAAGGGGAGGUAUAACAGUGGCUCCCCCAGAAGGGACGGUGGUCAGAGGAGGGCAGUGGGGGAGGAGAUGUCCCCUCACCACCAGAGUCUGUACAACGCUCUGAUAUCUGCUGGCUGCUGCACCAAUUCCUGUAGGAGUGUAAAACUUUGGGACAGCCUUGAUGCCUCCUGACCAUGAUAUGCCUCGUCAUCAGAUGCUGCUGUGACAACACCCCCUGCCGACCUCCCUCUCGAGGGAGAAAACAAGUUAUUAUUGAGUUAUUGGAUGGAGGGAAGAGCAGAUCGAUACAUAACAAGAUGGAUAUAUGACAUGGAAUUCAAAAUUAGGCAAUGAAGGGCAAGGGGGCCGAUGUAACAAGAUGACAAAGUGGAAAAACACAGGAAACACUUGAACACUCUCUCUGCCCUGUCUGCUGCUGCUAUGCAUUUCCUGUGGACCACCAGACUGAAUGUCACUGCAUGGAAUGAGCAGAGGCUCAUCCCUUGCAAAGAGAAGAAAGGUAAAAAGAAAGAUGAGAUUUUUUUGUGUUGCCAACAAAAUAGUCCUACCUCUUUGGAAAGACAGAGACCUUUGGAUCAAAGAAGAAACAUGCCGUGUAAUUUCUCCUGCUAACAUUGGAGGUUACAGCCUCCGCCCUACACAAUCACAGUGCCAGAGUAUUUUAAACUCAACAACAUGUAGCUAACUUUAUCAACUACUUAACAAAAGUAAUUGUGUAUCUGGAACUGAAGCACAAAAGGAUUUACAGAGUAAUUUUAACUUCAAGAAAGAAUGAAAGAUAAAUUAUUACAACCUGUAAUUGCUGAGAUCUGGGAACACAGCAAAAACACAAGGCAAGACACACAAGAUAUCAGACUGGUUGUAACCAAGCCAUUUAGCUAGAUUAUUUAAACCAUGUUAUAUCAAGGUUAAAAAAAUGAAAAACUGGAAAUCAGUACAUCUCAAAUGAUAGAAAUAUUUCCUCACUGCACAUGAAACUUGUGUUCAAACUACUACAGUACUACACAUUCUGAAACAUUUUUGGAGGUUUUAUUUGCAAUUUAUUGAGUACUCCCAUCACAGUGGUGAAAUGCAUAUUGAAAUGUUUUUUAUUUUCCAACCGUUUGAUAAGUGCAUCUAAUUUAUGACCAGCAGUCAUAUUUUUAAAAACUUGCCUAUACAACAAAACAUUUGCACAUUUGCUAUUUCUAUAUCCACAGCUCAUGGAUAAAACAAGAGAAGAGAGAGAUUUACAUGUUGAAAUGCAGGUGACAAGCCCUGCGUGUAUUUUUGUGAAACCAGCACACCUCCAACACGUCAGAGAAAACAACACCUUUCAUCUUGUCAUCUUGUUUUGUGGUAAACCAUUUGUGAAUGGUCCCAUUUCUCAGUUGUAUUAAAACUACCUCUCCACUCUACAUGCUCUACUUCAUGUGUACAGAGACUGACCCCCGUAAUUACAGCUGAUGUGGAUACUCUUUAAGUCACAUCACCUGCGAUGGUCAGUGAUUCGCAGCACAAGGUAAUAUGAGGACCAUGUGUGCAUGGCUUCCCUGAUCCCUUGUUUUCCAUGAGUUAAAACAGUCAAAUGUGUGUAUAUCUUGAGAUUUUUUGGUGAAUAGUUUUGCGAUGUCUAACACCCACAGCUCUAGUCCCUUAAUGGAAUGUGAGCUAGUCCCCAGGAUGUGAUCUGUUAAGUUGUGGGUAAUUCAGGAAAAAUGGUCGCCUUUUGGCUUUCUGUGUCAGCAUGUUGGAUCUUGGAGGGCUGAAUAUUGCCACUGCAUGUAUCUCUCUCACUCACUCACUCACACACACACAGUACUGUGUACUGCAAAAUGUAUUUUUUUUGUAGACCACUCCUGUUUGGGCUCUGGUAUACCAUGAGAAGAUGGUCAUGAUGAUUCAAGAAAUGGCUGCCUAUGAGAUAUUGGGAAUGAUCAAACAGGGCUGUGAACAGUGUGUCUCAACAGCCUCACAGCUUGGGACACACCUGCUCAUUGCUGUGGCAUCAGGUGACUGGAUGUUCCAUUUGGAGGCCAAAUGGCUUCGUAGAACUCAAUCGAUGUAGUGAAACUCACUGUGCAAGAGGGGUCUGACUGCAGACAACGUGAAAAUUCUCAUGAGCCUCUACAUGGUGGCCUCAAAUAGCCCCAGAUUAUCUGUUUUUUGUUAACUUCAUGAUGCCUCAGGAGCUCCCUGUUUGGUAGGUCCUCCUGCACCAGGCUCAUGGGACUGUUUUUCAUCCUUUUCCCCAGGGGUUUAAGCUUUGGGCCUCACCCAUGAGUGGGCUGAGUUCCUAGACAUGGGUUUUCCCUAAUCUGUGGUUUGCACUCUGCAGAGAGCCCAGCCACUUUAUAAAUCACAGUCCACCUGGAAACGUUCAUAAUAUAAUAAUAAUUAAAUUCAGAGACAACUGUGAUGUCUAUAAAAUGUAUAGAUCCUCGGUCGAUCUGUGUGAUACUGGACUCAGUUUAACACAAAGACCACAGAUCACAUAUCUAUAGAACCUAUAUCAGCUGAUGAGUCAUCGUCAUGGGAAAAAAUAUAUCUUUGUGAUCACGGAACCCUCGUUUCCUCCUCAUCCUUCCAUUCGCAUGCAUCCAUCACGCAGCAUUACGCACGAG